AUUAAAUAUGUCUUCAAAAGAAUCACGUAGACGCUCAAACAGACGUUCAAAUCGCAAAUAAAAAUAGUAAGAAUCUAAAAUUAACAUUUUUAUAGUUCUACUACCACUUCUUCUAUUGUGACUGAUAAUGAAUCUAAUGGAAGCUCUUCAAGUGAUGAUGAUCAACAUUAUAAAUAUAGAAGAGGCGAAUAUAUUCGAGAAUAUAAGGUAAAGAGACACAUUUUUGAUGGUACAUUUGGAAGAGUCUUGAAAGUCAAAAGAAGAAAUUCAAAAACAUAUGCUUUAAAAAUUGUCAGACGUAAUCAUGUUGAGAGUGCUCAAUCAGAAGCAGAUGUUUUGUUUCAUUUAAAAAGAAAAGGACUUAAUAGAUACUUUGUUGAAUUGUAUGAAUGUUUUCAUCAUAGAGGAUAUUAUUGUAUGGUAUUUGAGAGGGUAAUUAUAUACCAUCAUUUAAUUUUAGUUAGGACCAAGUCUAUAUGAAUUGAUGAAAUUAAAUAAAAAUCAUGGAAUUCCAAUGACUUUAAUAAAAAGCAUUAGUAAAUAAUUAUUAAAGUAUAUUGGUUAAUUACAUGAUUUAAAAAUUGUUCACACUGAUUUAAAACCAGAGAACAUACUUUUUAGUAAAAAUUAUAAAUUGAAAAAAGGAUAAUCAGAUUUGUAUAUAUAUAAUAUUUAUAUUCUUAAUUAGAUAUCUACCACAGGAUGACAGAAUUAAGAUCAUAGACCUUGGUGGAGCAGUAUUUGAUAAUGAAGGACAUGAUUGUAUUAUUAAUACACGUCAAUAUAGAGCUCCUGAGGUAUAGUUGUAAUGUAGUGAAUGGAAUCAUAAAAGUGAUGUUUGGGGGAUUGCCUGUAUCAUCGCUGAAAUGUAUUUAGGUAAGAAAGAAGAAUUUAAAAUCUUUUAGGACACUUACUAUUUUAAACAAGAAAAAAUGAGUAUGAACAUAUGGCUUUGGUUGAAAAAAUCACUGAUUAAAAUUUCCCUUAUUGGAUGGCCAGCAAUGUUAAAGGAUCAUUGAAAUAAUGUUUCACAAAAAAUUCUACAAAUGGGAAAUACUACAUUUGGCCUUAAGAACAAACAACCAAAGAGAGCAUUGCUAAAGUCGAAAAUCAAAAACCAUUAAGGGAAUUGAUACUUGAUCCAUUAUUAAGAGAUUUAUUAUAAAAAAUGCUUGAAAUUGAUCCCGAUAAAAGAAUCAGUUGUCACGAAGCUUUGCAUCACAAAUUCUUUUGUCAUUGA